AUGAGACACCGACGCACACACACCGCCAAUGAGACACAGACGCACGCACACACCGCCAAUGAGACACAGACGCACGCACACACCGCCAAUGAGACGCGAGACGUGCGCGCACCGCCGGCAAGACGUAGGCGAGACCUGCAUUGUCCUAGCCUAACUCUCCUCCCCUCCCCCUCAGAGACUGGCAUCGUCCUCCUCCUGUCCACUUCCUUGGACCCUGGCUUCUAUAAUGUGGAACUGCGUGUGGAAGACAAUGAGGGCCUGGACCAGGUGAGCACGGUCCAGGCCCAGGUCUGCUCCUGCACGGGGUCAGAGGUCAUGUGUGACGGUAGGGCGGCCUCAGGACCCCCCCUCCCCAUCAUCCUGGGGGUGCUGGCCGGGAUCAUGCUGCUGCUCAUGCUGGUGCUGCUACUGCUGCUCUUCGCUCGUCGUAAGAACGUGGAUCAGAAAGAACCUCUGCUUCAGGACAAUGACAUCAGAGACAACAUCUACUACUACGACGAGGAAGGGGGAGGGGAGGACGAUCAGGACUAUGACCUGGGUGUGUUGCACCGUGGCCUUGAUAACAGACCUGAAGUCUUCAGAAAUGACGUGGUUCCAAACUUCAUGCCGGCACCGCAGUAUCGGCCUCGUCCUGCCAACCCAGAUGAGAUCGGCAACUUCAUUGUCGAUAACAUGAAGGCCGCAGACAUGGACCCCACAGCACCUCCUUAUGACUCCCUGCUAGUAUUUGACUAUGAAGGAGGAGGCUCAGACGCGGGGUCCCUGUCCUCUCUUAACUCCUGCAGCUCAGGAGACCAGGACUACGACUGUCUCAGCGAGUGGGGCCCGCGCUUCAAGAAGCUCGCCGACAUGUAUGGCGGCGGCGACGAUGAUGACAUGAUCUAG